ACUACAUGGUAUAAUCUUAUGCACGAUCAAACAUUACCACCAUGGUAUUAACUAGUAAUAAAUAUCUCAAUUUUUGUUUUAAAAUAUAUUAAAAUGAAUGUCAUUUUGAAGAACACAAUCAAUCUGAUUUAUUUGUGAAAAAAACAAUUAAUUUCAGCUUCAAAUGAAAGAUACAUAGACGGUUACAACUAAUUAGGACUAAAAGUUAGUUGUCUUACACAAAUGAUAAGUGUAGAGUCAUGUUAUUGAUAUGUAAGUUAUGCACUGGAUACAUUUUCAAUUUCACCUCAACUAAAAUUACAUGUACCAAUUUUUUUCUUCUCUAAAUGAGCAUUGGCGGCCCUGCAUUGACCUCUCCCAAUAACUAGAGUUAUUGAGAUAAGUUGAUUCAUGAUAAUAUAUUAAGUAAGAUCUAAUACUCUAGCUAGUUGUGGGUAUAUAUAAAUAGAUAAAUAAUGUACUUAUGAUGGGCUUGCAAUAUAUGAAAAAUCAUGAUGCAUUAUUUGUGGUGUAUAUAGUAGUAUAAGCUUGUGAGAUGGAGGAAGAAUUUGAAUAAUUAAUUAAUAGCUUGCGCGGGCAUGCAUGCAGGAGUUACUACAGGUGCACGCACCACACAUGCAACGUGAAGAAGCAAGUGCAGAGGCUGUCAAAGGACACCAGCAUCGUGGUGACAACCUACGAGGGAAUCCACAACCAUCCUUGCGAGAAGCUCAUGGAAACCCUAACCCCUCUCCUCAAACAGAUGCAGUUCCUCGCCGCCGCCGCCGCCGCCGGCAGGUUCUAGCUGGAGAUCAGCGCGCUGGACCUCCGCUUAUUUUUAAUUACAAUUAAUGUCUGUCUCCCCUAAACCCAGAAUUACAAUUAACUACUUAUAUAUACACACACUUCACAAUUACACUUUUAUGGCUGGUCACCUGCUCUAGUGGUGAUGGUGUUGGUGAUACAUGUAUAGUAUAUGCAUAUGUUUCCUCAAUCGAUCUCCAACGUUAAUUAUGAAAAUCGAAGUUACAAAUUCUUCUCUGUCAGCUGCUCGAUGGAGGUUCAUUUUCUACAAAUCAUUUGAACAUCAAUUAGUAUACAAAGAAGAAUAUGGUUCCCUAAGAGAGUUGCGGGCGGUUAUUUUUGUUCCUGUAUAAUCUGAAUUACCGUAAGUUAGAUAGUUAAGAUAAUAAUAAUUACAGAUUGGUACUUUAACUUCGCCCGGUGAAAGUGAGUAGAGCCAGCCACGGAGGAUUAGUAAUUUAAUUAGUAUUUGAUUUAAUUUAAUUCCUCUUUCUUUGGUGUUAAUUAGAAUUUGGUUUCGAUUUGUCGUCAUCCUUUCUUUGCUUUCCCUCUUUCCGCCUGGAUAGGAAAGGAUAUAAUAAUAAUAAUAAUAUACAUUGGUCUUGCUGAUUUCUCUCCCAAGGGUAGGUAAUACUAAUAUUCUGAAAAUAAUUCCUCUAUUCUUAUUAUUAUCGCCAUUAAUUAAUUAAUUUUUUUUUUGGGUAAGAGUUAUCGCCAUGAAUUUGAAAUGGCAUUCAAUAAUUUGGAUGAACUAAUCCUCUUCUCAUAUUUAGAAGAAUUGGAUAGAAAAUCCAUAACGCACCUUUAAUUUCUUUCUUCCCCGCUCUCUCCACAUCACGGAACUCCGCCUCCGCCUCCUCUUCCGUCGGCGGCCGAUCCAAUUCCCUUCCGUUCAUCUCCGCGUAGAGCAACGGUAUGCCUCUACUUUUUCUCCGUCGUUUUUUUUUUCUUUCGCAAAUCCUUUUGGUAAUUCUUAUUAUCCUCCAAAAUCACGAAGCUUGCGAAAAAGUGACUCAAUUUUGUUGCUAUCUAUCUGAUAAUGGUUUUCGAUCUUGGAAUCCGAAUCAACGUCAAAUGACGAGAUGAGAAUUCUAAUGGAAGUCCCGAUCGCAUAAAUUCCUCCGGCCGGCGGCCGGUCCCCAAUUGCACAAAUUCCUCCGCUUGACGCGAACUUCCAUCGGUGCAUCCUUUGGGAUUUGAUCAAAGUCUCUUUCUUUCUUUCUUUUCCUCGUGUUCGACUCUGCCCGUUCUUUGUAGUCUGGCUCCCACUUUUUAAAAACUAAAGGGAGAAAACUCCAAUAGAAAAAAACUGCUAUACGGAAUACAAUUUUUUUUCCCACUACAAAGAGAAGCAGAGGAGAUCAAUUGAUGACCCUCCAGGAGCAAUUCUGAGAUGCUUUGGUAUAAUUCAUCCGAAUUCAAUUAGGUUGUAAGAAUUUGAAUACAAUAACAUUCCAAACACAAAAAUUCAUUUAGAAAUUACGCAAUGAUUUGUCUGAGAUGACAUAAAUGUUUGAUUCUUCCCCCCGAAAAGAUAGCUUGCAUUACCAAGAAAUAAUAGGUGACAACGAUUUACAAUUCCGACCGGAGCCAAACACAAAAAUCGAACCAUCCAAAUCAAGUCAGAAUACAAAGAAAAGACUUUUUUUUAGCCACCCUAUGAGCUACUCUAUUGUUAUCCCUACCUACCAAGGUUGUCAACCCGCGGGUUAACCGGGACCCGGUCGAGCUAGUGGGUCAAGGGUUAACGAGUCAACCGUUUUAGCCCGGAAAUAUGGAAAGAGUCAUUAUAUUGUACUUAUCCUGAUGAUAAAUUAUAUCAAAUCUCAUCUAACAUAUGAGUAAUCUCAUAUAACAUUACACCAAAGUAACUUGUCGUACUUAGAUCCAAUAUAUAGUACUGAAAAUUCACAUACACUUAUAUAACAUUAAUAUUCAAAUGUUCAAUUAAGGAUUCCAAAGAUUGAGUUAGACGAAAAGAAGAAUCGAAAAUAAGCGCAUUUUGCAAGCAAACAAGAAAAAUACAAUUUGACCUCCAAAUCUAUGGUCACACGCGUCUGCCCCCUCUAUAUAAACAGCAGCAAACCAUCCAUUUGCUUCACAUUCAAUUUCACUACUCAUCGCAUAACAAUACUCUUUUCUAUUGCCCCUUCUGAUCAGUCAAAUUAAUAAUAAUAAUUAAUUCCUUCACUUCUCACACUAUAAAAUGUUGUCGUCGCAGCAGCUCUUUGUGAUGGAAAAGGCGAAGAACUACAUCUCCGAGAAAGUCGCCAACAUGAAGAAACCGGAAGCCGCCGUGACCACCGUGGACCUGAAGGGCGUCCACCGCGACCACAUCGAGUACGCCGCCAAAGUCGCCGUCGACAACCCGUACCCGACCCCGCUGCCCAUCUGCGACAUCACCUACGUCCUCAAGAGCGACGGCCGGGUCAUCGCCCACGGCGCCAUCCCGGACCCCGGUUCGAUCAAGGCCAGCGGUCAGACCCUGCUGGAGGUUCCGGUCAAGGUCCCGCACUCCAUCCUCGUCAGCCUGGUCAAGGACAUCGGCCGCGACUGGGACAUCGACUACGAGCUGGAGCUGGGGCUGGUGAUUGAUCUCCCCGUGUUUGGCAACUUCACCAUUCCGCUGGCCAGCAAGGGCGAGGUCAAGCUGCCCACCUUGUCCGACGUCUUCUCUUCCAAAAAGUGAACGAUAUCAUCGCGAGUUGGUGACGCCGGUUUUAGUUUGUCGGUCGGCGUUGUGAUCAGUCGUCACUUUUCUUUUUUUGUUUUGCUGUGUAAUAAAAGCCUGGCUGCUAGAAGAGAAAAUACACCUAGAAUAGCAAAGUACUUUCUCUGUCUUCAUGGAUGCUUGAUUCAAUCAUUGCAGAAGAAAUCAACCUUGGGUAGUUGAAAUUCUCCUUCCUUCCUUCUUAGCUCGUAGGUUUCUCUUUCUAAGCCUAGAAGAAGAAACCUUCAAUCUCGCUCUAGAACUCUCUCGAUCUUUUCAAAUCAGCUCGCUCUCUUUUAUGUAGCUCCCUAGUGCACACAUCACUGUCUCACAGGGGCGGAGUUAGGAUUUCAAAGUUGGGUGGGCCGAAAAAUAAUUAAAUCUAAAUCAAGUAAUAAUUACUUAUGGCAAAUCACUCAAUAAAAUUAAUAAAAAAGUAUGAAAAGGGUGGUUUUUUCUUUGUUUGGUUUAAGGAAAUAUAGAUGAGAAUUAAAAUAAUGAAGUUUCAAAGUCAAAAGUUUCGUUUGGGUUUAAGAAUAUGUAGAAGGGAUUUUUUUCUCAAAGUGAUUAUCUUUUGAUUUUAAGGAAUUAUAGAUGGGAAUUAAAAUGAUGAAGACUUGAAGUGGGUAAAGUAAAAAACAAAAGCAAAAUAUUAGGAUAUAUAGAAGGGAUUUUUCUCAAAGUGGUUAUUAAUAAUGAUUGAAGUCAGUAAAGUAAAAAGCAAAACAGUACUACCACUAGGAAUUGAACCAGUGUCCUUUAAAUUAAAAGUUAAGCAUGUUUACCAUCAGACUAUAUGACUUUUGCAUUACACAAUAUAGUUAACGAUUUGUACUUAUAAAUUUUUACUAAAUAUCGUAAAGGUCUUAGGGGCCGAAACAAUUUCCGGGUGGGCCGGGGCCCACCCCACCAUCACUGUAGCUCCGCCCCUGCUGUCUCAUAUCACGCCCAUGAAGUCGGCAGUAAAAUCACGAUCUCGGU